GGUAAAACUAUGAAUAUUAAAUAUGCGUGAAUGUCAUCAGUUUCCCGAUAAUUUGUUCACCCGUGAACAAAAGAAACAAUAAAUAUACAAAAAUUGUUUAAACUAUAUUAUUGUUAUUCAAUAUUAUUUACGAUUUUAUCUAUUGUAUCAUUAUUGUUAUAAUAUUAUACAUAAUAUUUUAUGAUAAAUGCUUGUAAUAUUAUAUUAUGUAAUCGGUGCGCUUAAAUCAUUCUAUGUUAUAUUUCAUCAAUAUUAAACUAUUAUUCUAUCACGUAAUAUACUUUCUGCUUUAUUAAUUUUUUUUUUAGAAGUUUUGAGCAUCGUCGUAUUCGAAUGUUUUAUGCCAGCUAAUAAUAUGGCAAGCCUUGCCAUUAUUUUACUAAGACGAUUUUAUUAAGACCUAUUUUAAUGAACUGUUCAAUUAUUAUAAUAAAUAUUUUGUACAAAAUAUGUGUCAUAUUCAAAUGUGGUACAAAUGUGGUACUUGUCAGCUGUCGUGCUGUAUAAAUGUACAAAGAUCACAGUCAUAAAUAUUAUUAAAACCAGAAACGAUAACACAAAUCUGGCAAGCAGAUUCGUAAUUUAAAUAAAUAUUUGAUCAUACCUAACUAUUAUAUCGCAGUUUACAACGAUACGGGACUUUUGGCACAUACUGUAAGAUGGAAGUUAAAUAUUGUAGUUAGUUAGUCGUGAUCAUUCGACUGCCUAUCGCGUAACCCUACCACAUUUAGACCCCACCAAUUACACGACGCCACGACCAAGUAACCAGCAGGCGUUUUUAGGGUAUAAAAACCUUAUGCACACCGAUCGAAAUGUCAGUCAUUUAGUCAUAUUAACGCACAAACGAAUAUUUUAAUCAUCAUUAUAAUAUCGUUUACCGUACACCCUGCACCUAUAAUAUAUACUUAUCACUGCAGAUAUAUUAUCUAUACAUUCAUUCACCGAGCAAUUUCAAGUGGCCGCUGUAAGCGAACGACCGAGCAGCAGAUUCCGAAAUAACAGAUAUCGUACCGAAUAUAUAGGUUAGGAUAAGAACAACAAAAACAAAAACAAUAACAAUAUGUUUCUGUCGUACGGUACCGUGCCCAUGUUCGCUUUCACGAUACUGUUGAAUUUCUUCUUCUUGAACUCUCCCAUCAAAUCGCAGGAGAGAGGCACGAUCUACGAACUGUGCCAGGAUUGUCUGAAUGACACAUGCCACAAAGAGAAAAACAGGCCGUGCAUGACCAGAUACGACGGUUGGUUCUUAUGUUACACGUGUGAAAUCGAAUUAGGUGACGACCAGUUCUAUACCUUAGAAGAAUGCAAGACGGGUUGCACGGAUCCAGAGAGGGUAUGCAUGUGUACCUACCGGUAUGUGUUUCGUGUGUAUCAGAAAAGAAGUUCUCGAAAACGGUGGUUAUUUAGACCCAUGCGAUUUGACAACCGAGCAGCAACCGAACCCAACGUGCAAGUAAGUUCCGUACGGCAUCACCAGCACGCCCGCCGAGAGAUUAGGUAUAAUUAAAAUAAUAGGUAUUAUGAUUAUUGUUUUUAAAAAUAUAAUACCCCAUAAUAUUAUAAUAAUAUUAUAUUAUAG